AUGACUGGCGUUACACUGGUUGACUAUGAGAAUACUAGAAAGGGAGCCAAUACCUGCAAUACUUGCAGAGAGCAACAAGGAGCGUUCACGGAGCGUUUCAUGAGGUACUGCACGCACUGCCUUCCAGAAGGUGCACCGUUGACGGAUAUUGGAGGGGAGGAACCGGGUUUACCAAGCUAUGAAUUGGAGCGAAUGCGAAUUAGUGCAGACGGGGCAGCACUGGUUUCGCGCUAUGCGCAUUGUAACAUUUGUCGGUGUUGUUUGCUGUUGGAUGCAUGCGACGGUUGUGAAAGGACUAUGCGGCACCAUGUGCAGCGGUUGCUGGACAUUGGAGGGGAGGGCGGCGAAUCGGCGUGGAUGUGA